AACUAAUGCUUACUAAAUGUGUACAAAUGCGUACAAUUUGAUCAAUGUGAAUUUGAGAGUGGUUUAAGUUUACAAUAAUUAUUGUUUUAAUUUUGUACAGUAAUUAAUGAAUUAUAGAUUCAUAAUAAAACGACCAUUAUAUAGUAUACUAUUAGUGAGCGCAAUGAGCUGGUACAAAUGGGAAAACAAAGACAAGGAAUCGUACCAUGAUGAUAAAACUCGAUAUUUAACGAUGUCAUUGCGUGACAAACGGAAACAAUACGAUUGUGGCCACAAUUAUAGCACAUUGGCUGAUAUCCAGACGUGGGGCCACUUCUCCCGAACCCGAUGCCCAGAGUUUGAGGUAAACCACGAGUUGAACGAAAAGGUAUCAAUAUUUGUGGGCGACAUCACAGCCAUAGAAGUGGACGCCAUUGUAAACGCUGCCGACCACCAGCUCACUGGGGGUGGAGGGGUGGACGCCGUUAUACACAACGCCGCCGGUAAACACAUGUUACGCUUGGAGUGCCAGACCCUUAACGGCUGUCCCACCGGCACCAGCAAAAUCACCGGUGGCUAUAAACUGCCGGCAAAGUACAUUAUUCAUACGGUGGGCCCAAAGGGUGAACAACCGGAUCAGUUACGCGACGCAUACCGGAGCGCUCUGGACCUGAUGGGCGAGAGACAGCUCAAGUCCAUAGCGUUUCCCUGUAUAUCGACCGGUGUUUACGGCUAUCCCAACGAAGAGGCGGCAAACGUUGCCCUCAAGACUGUCCGCCAGUGGUUGGAGUCGAGUCCGCACUCAAUACAUGUCGAAAGACGAAUUUAUCAAAUAUCCAACGAUAUGGUCGUGACGGUGGAGAUGCGGGACAAUCACCUGGAUGAUCCUUACCAUCCCUACAUCUGCAGUUAUACACAGUUUUAG